UAAUUUCUUUGCUAAGCAUUAACUUUUCCUGGAUGCUUAUAGUGAUUUGGAGAACCCAUCAAUGCUUACAAGUUACAACAAGUUGCACCUUAUUUGGAAUGAGGGAAUUGGAGGGAAAGAAAGAGGAGGAAUUCGGAGAGAUAUUUUGGAUAGGAGGGAUUUGAAAAGAAGGGAUAAAGUCCAAUUUUAUUAUAUCCAAAUCUCUCCAAGUGGAAAGAUUCCUUGGAAAAUGACUUUUCUAUAAUUCCCUCCUGUUGUUUUCCUCCUAAACAAACAAAGGAGACUUAUCUAUUAUUCCCUUCCUUUCUUUUCCUUUCACUCCCUUCCCCUUUCCUUCCUUUCCUUUGCCUCCUAAAUUUUUAUCCAAGCUCAAUGUUUCUGUUUUGGGGUUCUGAGCUCCUGGCAGCCUCCGUAUGGGGUUAUUGUUAUGUUUCAUUGCAUGCUAUCCCAAAUGAAAAAAGGUUGUAUCACCACCAAGGAGCUCGGAACAGUGAUGAGGUCCCUUGGUCAGAACCCAACUGAGGCAGAGCUUCAAGACAUGAUAAAUGAGGUUGAUGCUGAUGGAAACGGUACCAUCGACUUCCCAGAAUUCCUCAACCUGAUGGCCAGAAAGAUGAAAGACACUGAUUCCGAGGAAGAACUUAAAGAAGCUUUCCGUGUCUUCGACAAGGAUCAAAACGGUUUCAUCUCUGCUGCUGAGCUGCGCCAUGUGAUGACAAACCUAGGUGAAAAGCUCACCGAUGAGGAAGUCGACGAGAUGAUCCGGGAAGCUGAUGUUGAUGGUGAUGGCCAAAUCAACUACGAGGAGUUCGUCAAAGUGAUGAUGGCCAAGUGAUGAAUUCCUGGUAAAUGAUGAAAAAAAAGAUAAAUUUGUAAAAUGUUAGUGAAUUAUUAUGAGACCUAUAUUGUUUUUUUUUUUCUUUAGUAAUUUCUGAUGCAUAGAAACCAGACAUUUUAGGUCAUGUUGUGGAUUUGUGAUUGUGGUGAUCUCUGUUUGGCAAUUUCUGUAAUGCUGUUUUUCUUGGUGACUGUUAACUUGUUCUUUCUGGUUUCUAUUGUAUCAGUAUCCCUUUGGAGAAUCAACUAAUUCUGAUAAUUGAUUCAGUUCUCGAAACACAUUAUUCUAUGCAUUUGAAUUUUGACUGUAAUCCUGUAUGAUAUAAUUGGCUCAUUAGUUGUCUCACCAAAUAUUUAAAGGUGUUUAACAA